AGGCAAAUGUGCAACGUGCAACAGGAAGAGGAAUUUACAAUUUAUUUCACGAUGGCCGAGGCGUUGAUGGGAAGCGAUGAUUCAAUAUAUGAGGCACAACAGUUCACAGAGGAAGAGAUUGAAGAAGCCUUUCAGUCUGAUUUUCUCACUAAGGAGUUUUGGAGCGACGAGGAUAAUCUUGACAUGCUCCAGGCAAUUCUUGAUUUCAAGUUCAAUGCCUCUCCUGGGAGUGAGUUUGAAGCUGAUGUUAUGUAUUGCAGAAAUUCCAGGCUUCUGGUCUAUUGUUUGAGUAUGAGCUUCAAAGAUCUAGUGUGCCAGUUAUUGUUCCAUGCUAUGGAAUAUCUUGCUACAAAAUUUCAGAAAAAUGUGUCACUAGCAAACCUGUCAGCUGAGAGAUCCCGUGUAUAUGAAUGCGAGGGAGGUGUCAAUUUCAGCAUUCUAGAUUUCAGUAGCCAUUUACCAGCAGAAAUGCAAGAAUCUCAGGAGAGUGACUCAAAACUAAGCACACUAAGGGUUAGUCGACUCUUCUCACUAAAGAGCCUAGUGAUUAGAUUUACUGACAUUGAAUUAGCUUUUGUGUAUAGGAUCUUAAUAGUGAGAUAUGUCAUUAAAUGCAGUUUUGACCUUUUAAUUUUUUGUAUCCAUCAUGGGAUUUUAUAUUUGUUUAUUCCCCUUUUUAUGACAAAGUGUUGAAUGGAAAUGAUUGUAACAUUGAAUUUUUCUUAUGAUAUUUAUUUCCCCUAAUGUUCUUAUGUAUAAAAUCAAGUGUCAGGUAGGUUUAGUAGUAGAUGUGGCCAAACCGUACAAGAUGAUUUAAUAUUAUAAUUCUCU